CGUUAGCCCAGCACGCGCAUUUACGCUGCGUACGCGGACACCAAAUCCCAGCUCUCGCAAGAGAAAAAAACGUUUCCACUCGGGGUGGUGUCGAGCGGGCCCCACUUUGGCUUUUUGUUCCGUAAAUCGAACAUUCUGCUCGGUGAAAAGCCCUCGAGUGAAGACGUUGAAAGCAUUGCGGUAAAAAAAAAGUCAGUGACAGACGGAGCAGGCGCGGCUUGGAGAGGAAAAGAAUGGCGGAUUCGAGCAGCACCGCAGCGGUCGGGGCCGCAGCCUCUAACAACAGCGUUGCUGCUGCCGGGGCGGCUGGCACUGUUGCGCAUGAUGGAGCCCCCGGAGCGGCGGGUCAAAAAACACCCUCCGAGUCUGUGAAGGGCCAGAUUUUUGAUGUGGGCCCCCGCUACACCAACCUGUCUUACAUCGGGGAGGGCGCUUACGGAAUGGUGUGCUCUGCCCUGGACCACGUGACCAACCAGCGUGUGGCCAUCAAGAAGAUCAGCCCGUUUGAGCACCAGACGUACUGCCAGCGCACGCUGAGAGAAAUCAAGAUUCUGCUGCGUUUCAACCACGAGAAUAUCAUCGGCAUCAACGACAUCCUGAGGGCUCGGCACAUCGACAACAUGAGAGAUGUCUACAUCGUGCAGACGCUGAUGGAGACAGACCUGUACAAGCUGCUCAAGAGCCAGAGGCUGAGCAACGACCACGUCUGCUAUUUCCUCUACCAGAUCCUGCGAGGACUCAAGUAUAUCCACUCUGCCAACGUGUUGCACCGGGACCUCAAGCCCUCCAACCUGCUCAUCAACACCACUUGUGACCUCAAGAUUUGUGACUUCGGCCUGGCGAGGAUCGCCGACCCCGAGCACGACCACACAGGAUUCUUGACCGAGUACGUGGCCACGCGUUGGUACAGGGCUCCAGAAAUCAUGCUCAACUCCAAGGGUUACUCCAAGUCUAUUGACAUCUGGUCAGUGGGCUGCAUCUUGGCUGAGAUGCUCUCCAAUAAGCCCAUCUUCCCUGGGAAACACUACCUGGACCAGCUUAACCACAUUCUGGGCGUCCUUGGCUCUCCAUCCCAAGAAGAUCUCAACUGCAUCAUUAAUAUGAAAGCCAGGAACUAUCUGCAGUCCCUCCCUGAAAAGCCCAAGAUCCCAUGGGAGAAGCUUUUCUACAAGGCAGACUGUAAAGCUCUGGACCUGCUGGGCCGCAUGUUGACCUUUAACCCCAACAAGCGUAUCAGCGUUGAGGAGGCACUGGCCCACCCUUAUCUGGAGCAGUACUACGACCCCACAGAUGAGCCAGUGGCAGAAGAGCCAUUCACCUUCUCCAUGGAGCUGGAUGAUCUUCCCAAGGAGAAGCUGAAGGAACUCAUCUUUGAGGAGACUGCUCGCUUCCAGGAAAACUACCAGGGCUCCUGAGAGAUACAGUCUGAGGAUGUGUCAAAGCCGACCAACCACGGGCUGGGAAGCAGAAGAGCCGAGUGGACAUGCUUGAACACAAGAAAACUUAUCCCUCAAGAAUCCAAGAAAAAGAUCAAAAAUCUGAACUGCUUUUGUCUCAUUGCCUCUGCAAGCAAGCUAAGUGUUUGACUCUGAUUGGUGUGCUUUGGUGGGGCUGUGCUCUCUCCUUUCUGCUCCUGAUCCUGUCCUCAUCAUCUCUUCAUGGCCGCCUUCCGGCCAGCUCCAUAGAAACCACCAUGACUCUCCUGUUUUGCUUCAUCUUCACGGAGAGCACAAGCACCUGGCCCAGUCAAGCUUGUUGACAUCUUCUCUAAUUCAUCUUGGACCCUCCUUCUCAGGCCAUUCAAUCCAUGGCGCCUGGGCCUCCCAGAUGGAUUGAGUGGCGUGGAUGAAUGAGAACAUCCUUUGGCAUGUUUACACAACGCACGCAUUCCUGAGAUUUACCAAAGUGGAUGAGAGACGCCAGGAAGGAGUUGGGGACGCAACCAUGUCCCCCUGAGCUCCAUCAAACACCACCUCUAAUUGUUAGUCACACUACAUAGUUAGAUGUGCUCCAGAAUAUCUGGCCUGUGCAUGUUUGCUGAGCAGUGUCAAAGCACAAGUGGUUUAAAACACUAAGGAGCCAAUUCUUGUCCUGCUUAAGCGACUUGGCAUCAUUCCUUAGCUCCAAAUAUACAACGUAGUACUCUUUCAAGUCCACACAAAGUAAACAAGAUGUAAAACAGCCCCCUCUGCUGGCCACUGCAUCAACUCACCACUUUUUAUAUCAGGGGUGUCCAAACUUUUCCCACUGAAAAAUCAUAUAUUUCAUUUUCAUAAGCGACACAAAUAUAGAUUUUUGUUUGACCUUUAGUGCUCCCCUCAAGUUUCAGUCAUAAAAAUGUUAAAAUAAGUCACACAGUAUUUUUGUUCUUUUUAAUGAUUACAUCUCAAUCUGUCAAUAGAAACGUUUUUUAAAUGUUUUAUGGCCUUUUUAUCAAAACCCAGUUUGGAAGACAAAACACCAAAUAUGCAAUAUUUUCCUCCCCAAAAAAUAUUUCGGAGUAAAAUUUUUGAUGUGAAGUAAUAGAUAGUAAUAGAUCAAUAAUUGGUAACAUUGAUUUUUUUUUUAGCAAUGACAGUUCCAAAAAUCCCACUAAAAUUCUUGACUAUUCAAAAGCACUCAUAAAAGUGUUAAGUUAUACAUUUUAUUUUGACUUUCAGUCGAUCAACCUCAGAUCUUUCUGUCCAUUAUCAUUUUUUUAAAUGUUUUAUAUAUAAAUGCGUGCGUGCGUGCGUGUGUGUGUGUGUGUGUAUAUAUAUAUAUACACACAUAUAUAUAUAUAUAUAUAUAUA